UCCUCGCGGAAUACGCCCAGAGCAACAAAGAACAUGCCACAGCGGAUUCAUUCCCAUAAGAUGAAACGAAGCGAGAAGAUCAUUGCUCGAGAAAUCGCAUGCCACAUGUCACGUAUCAAAAAGGCCAACAAAAAAGCCAAGUUUUCGCAGAGAAAUGGCGCUGUUAAAUGCUACAACCAAAUUCCGAUUUUACAGUGACAUGAUCGUCCAGCCCAGAGAUGACGCCAUUCUUACGGCUACGAAGAAUUCCAAGCCUAAUCUCAACCAUCAAAGCCGAGUGCGUGCUCCGGACAUGGGGAAAGCUUCAGGCGUCGCUGUUGUUACAUGUCUUCUGGAGUUGCUCAAGUCUAGGAAGAGAGGCUCUUUGUCUUACCCAAGGGAGGAAAUUACCUCGAAGCUGAGCUGGCUGCUAUCGCAGAGGGUUUGGCAAUCGCCGUACCGAAGAUAGUACGCGCGAGAGAUCAAGAUGUCCGAGCAGAAAUCCCGGAAGGAUUAUGAAAACGAGGUGCGGUCAUGGGGCUACUCCCAUGUGUUCACCUGGACUGACAGGCCCCCGCACACCCACCCGGGCCCGAC